AUGGCGGAGGCGGAGGAAGAGCUGGAGCUGGAGCUGGGGCUGGACGGGCCCCCCCCCGCCCCACACCGUGCCCCUCCCCCCGACAUUCCUGCCCCACAGGGGGUGGAUUUGCGGCAGUACUCAGCGCAGGUGGAGGCGGAGCUGCAGGAGGUGGAGCGAGCGUCCAUCCGCGACUACAUCAAGGAGAGCGAGAACAUCGCGGAGCUGCACAACCAGAUCACCGCCUGCGACGCCAUCCUGCAGCGCAUGGAGCAGAUGCUGGGCGCCUUCCAGAGCGACCUGAGCAGCAUCAGCUGCGAGAUCCGCGCGCUGCAGGAGCACAGCGUGGCCAUGAACGUCCGCCUGCACAACCGGCGCGCCGUGCGGGCACGGCUGGCACAGCUGCUGGACGAGCUGCUCGUGUCGCCCGCCAUGAUCAGUGCCAUCGUGGAGGCUGCGGUGACGGAGCCGCCGUUCCUGGAGCAGCUGCGGGCGCUGGACGCCAAGAUGGCGGCGGUGAAGGAGCUGGCCUUCCACGACACCGCGGCCUGCGGGGACGUGCAGCACGUCCUGCAGCGCCUCAAGGACAAGGUGCCCCAUAGCGGGACCCACGGACACACAUCGGGACCCACAGAAACCAUAGAGACCCAUAGAGAUCCGUAGAGACCCAUUGGGACCCAUAGAGAUCAAUU